GUUUACUCAUAGGGAAAUCCACCAAUCACAACAUGCGCAAGUGACCUUCAUGUGCUCAGCCUCUCUGUAAGCCGUUUGUGACGAUAUCGUCUGUCGUCUUCGGAGAUUCUCGUGGUUGCGUUUCUCAAAGAAGUUUCAGACAGCUAUACAGUAGGACACAAGAGUCGUUUUCACCUCAAACAGUACUUCUAUUCUGUAAAGAAGUCAUUUUGAGCGUUUUCAGAUGCAGUAUGACUAUCUCAACUCACCACCAAGAAAAAGGAAACUCAAAAUCGCUAUGGUAUCAGAUUUCUUCCAUCCAAAUGUUGGUGGUGUUGAAAGUCAUAUCUACGCCUUGUCUCAGUGUUUAAUUCGCCGUGGUCAUCGAGUUGUUGUUAUUACACACAGUUAUGGUUCAAAAAGUGAACAACGUCAAGGCGUAAGGUAUUUAGCUCGUGGACUUAAAGUAGGUUUGUGUUUCUUAUUUACAUCAACUAACUGUUUCACAGGUUUAUUAUGUUCCAAUGCAACCGUUUUAUAAACAAUCAAUUUUCAUUACAGGUCUGGGCACAUUACCUAUAAUUCGAGAAAUAGUGUUGCGUGAACAAAUCGAUAUUGUACAUGGACAUUCGAUAUUUUCAUCUUUUGCAUGUGAAGCUGUUAUUCAUGCUCAAAGUCUUGGCUGUCGAACUGUAUACACAGAGCACUCUCUCUUUGGCUUCUCAGAUCUUUCAGCAAUUAUUAUGAAUAAAGUAAUGGAAGGUGUAUUCACAGCUGUCGAUCAAGUCAUCUGUGUUUCUCAUACUGCUAAAGAGAAUGUGGUUUUACGAGCUAAAUAUGAUCCUGAUCGGGUAUUUGUAAUUCCAAAUGCACUGGAUGCUUCAGCGUUUAUUCCUGAUCCAUCUUGUCGUGAUCUGAAUUAUAUUACAAUUGUCGUUGUAUCUCGUUUGGUUUAUCGUAAAGGACUUGAUCUACUGAUCGCGAUCAUUCCAUCAUUGUGUUCAUUAUUUCCAGAAUUAAGAUUUAUCAUAGGUGGUGAUGGACCUAAACGUCUUGAACUGGAAGAUAUACGUGAGCAUUAUCAAUUACAUUCACGUGUUAAAUUAUUAGGAAGUUUACAACCACAUGAAGUUCGAUCUGUGUUAAUCCAAGGAGAUAUUUUUCUGAAUACAUCACUCACAGAAGCAUUUUGUAUAGCAAUUAUUGAAGCAGUUUCUUGUGGUCUUAUGGUUAUCAGUACGGCAGUAGGUGGACUCCCUGAAGUUUUACCAGAACACUUCAUUCGACUUGCUCCAGCGAAAGCUUCUGAGCUAGCCUCCGUUGUCGCGGAUUCAAUCAUUCAAGUUCGUCAACUACGCAAAAAUUCAAAGUUAACAAAUGAUAUGAAUGAGUCUUGUGAUCACUUAACCUCAGAUAAGUCAGAAGUAUGUAGACCUCCCAAUCCUUUAUGUCGAUUUUCACUAGCAACAAAUGCGCUGAAAUAUAUCGAUGGUACUGAAUACCAGUGUAAUUCAAUUACUGAUCAUUGUUGGCAUAUGCACAAAUGGAUACGUGGUACAUAUUCAUGGCCUAAAGUUGCUAAACGUACAGAAAAAGUCUAUUCUGCUGCUAUGUCCAGACCAACUGUAUCAUUACGGAAGAGAAUAACCAGGUUAUAUCAACUUGGACCAUUCACAGGGAAACUGACUUUUUUCAUAGCCCUAUUACAUUGGCUUUUUCUUCAGUUUUUGUGUUGGAUUCGACCUGAACAGAUGAUUGAUAUUCUUCCUUCGAUUGACACACCUAUUGAAGACUUCAGUGACAAUGAUCAAGAUGAUUCGUCAAUCCACAAGAGCGAUACUGUUUAUUAG